CCACUAACGUACAAUUAAGACUAUCAUGUGCGGGUUUGUGUGUAUUUCCCCAAGUAGGAAACGGUUAUGUUAAUCCCGCCUUUUUUUUAAAGGGAGUAUACCGAACGGAAGUGUGUAAACCGAGUUUCUUGUACUAACUUAAAGUUAAACAGCUUUGCUUUGCUAGUUCACGUGGCGGGCGGAUAAAUACGACUACAAAGAACAAUGGCAGAACAAUUCGUGAACGCGCAAAUUAAGGGCGGCAAAGUCGUUGUGUUUCUCAAACCAACGUGCUCGUUUUGCGUACUCGCCAAAGAUGUUUUAUCAAAGUAUAAAUUCAAAGGCGGACGCUUGGACUUCAUCGACAUCAGUGGACGAAGCGACAUGGACCGUAUCCAAGAUUAUCUGCUACAGAUCACAGGCGCCCGAACUGUUCCUCGAGUCUUCAUAGGGGAGCAGUGUAUCGGAGGAGGAAGUGAUAUCCAGAAUCUUGACAGCUCUGGAAAACUGGAAGGAAUGUUGCAGGCAAUCGGAGUGUUGGAUUGAGGGGCAUUAAGAAUGGGUCACAUGAUGCUGCAGCGAGACUUGCGGACCGGCCAUCUGCGUUGCUGGUACUCGCUGAGCUCCUGUAGAUAACCUCUGGAGGGCCAGCGCAGUCGCUCCACCUGCUCACGCUCCUCAUCUGU